AUACAAUCUCCAAUUAAUGACGAUGAGCAAUACGAGAACAAGGUGAAAGCAGGAGCCAACGUUUCUACAAGUGGACUUGUCUUCUUCAAAGUCUUGAAGAAGACAAGUUCUCCUUGUUCACCUUGUUCUCGUUUUGCUCAUCGUCUUGAAUUUCCAUCUCCCGCCUUCCCCGUGUUUUCCCUGCAUCUCUAAUUAAUACCGUUAUGCACUGUAAGCUGCUCCCGCGCAAAUUCAAGUCCGCAGAACGUCUCGGCUUGACUUACGACGAAACUCCGUACAACUGAGUCAGCUAGAAACAAAAAAAAGCAAAAAUAAAAAUAAAAACUCACGUGAGGCUUUUGAGGGUAAGUGCAGCCACCUGCCGGUGCAUUACGACAGCUCCGCGAAUACGAAAGGGCCGGAGAAAAAGCACAUGUGAGCGCCUCAGAACACCCAACACCUACCUCCAUUUGAGCACUGCCGUUAUGCUGCCGUGUUGAGCCAGCGUUGGUUGAGCACAUGUUUUCGAAGACGUUGGCGGUACUUCGUUCGCGCAAGUGGAAGUACACUGUGAGCGCCAAAUGAAUGGGAUGGAAUCGGCACCUCUGCAUGAUGCACUGGGACGCUUCAACGAAAACUGCAAGGACUUAUUUCACCCACGCACUGUGGCCGAAAUCACGGAGGUGCCGAGCCCGCUGGAGUUUCACAGGCGCUGGGUUUCGCCGAACCUGCCUGUCAUCGUCCGCGGAGGCGUGUCCCACUGGGCUGCUGUGAAUAAAUGGACUCGUGCAUACCUGAGGGAAAAAAUCGGAGACCUAGCGGUCACCGUAGCUGUCACUCCAAAUGGUUUUGCGGACGCUGUGCACGGAAGUGUAUUCGUGACUCCUGAAGAACGUGUCAUGAAAUUCGGCGAGUUCUUGGACAUCCUCGAAGGCCGCGAGCGCCCAAAUGCGGUCUUUUACAUCCAGAAGCAAAACUCUAACUUCACCGACGAGUUUCGGAAGCUCGCAGGGGACGUUGAGACGGAUGUUUGCUGGGCGACAGCAGCUUUCGGUAAGACACCCGACGCAGUCAAUUUCUGGAUGGGCGACGAGCGGGCCGUCACUUCCAUGCAUCGUGACCACUACGAGAACAUCUACUGUGUGGUUUUGGGCCACAAGGACUUUAUCCUGUUGCCGCCGACCGAUUUACCGUGGGUGCCUUAUGAAAAUUAUAAAACGGGACAAUUUCGUGAAAUCGCAAACGGCCAGUUCGACGUAAUCGCUUCAGGUGACGGUUCAUCGGUGCCAUGGAUUUCCCUAGAUCCAGAAAAUCCAGACUUCGACAGAUAUCCACACUAUCGACAUGCAUCACCAGUCAAAUGUAGGGUCAGUGCUGGUGAUAUACUGUACCUGCCUAGCUUGUGGUUCCACCACGUCCGACAGAGCCAUGGAUGUGUUGCACUCAAUUACUGGUAUGACAUGGAAUUCGACAUCAAGUAUUGUUAUUACAAGCUUCUAGAAGAUCUUUCUCUAAUCAGUAAAAACUGUUGAAGUGUU